AAUAAAUGAAUCCAUGAAAUUUCCUUGCUACUAAAUAUUCCACGGUCAACUGCUAGUGGUAUUUUAACAAAGUGGAAGCAACUGGGAACAACAGUAACUCAGCCACGAAGUGGUAGGCCACGUAAAAUGACAGAGCGGGGUCAGCGCAUGCUGAAGUGCACAGCGCACAGAAGUCACCAACUGUCUGCAGAGUCAAGAGCUGAAGACCUCCAAACUUGGUGUGUCCUUCAGAGAGCUUCAUGGAAUGGGUUUCCAUGGCCAAGCAGCUGCAUCCAAGCCUUACAUCACCAAGUGCAAUGCAAAGCAUCACUCCACUGCUCUAGAGCCACCACUGGACUCUAG